AUGACAGCAGAGCGCCUGAGCUCAAGUUCUGCAGAUAUCGGCAGUGAAAUACGCAAGAUGGAUCAGGAGCAGAAGAGGCGUUCAUGCAGCUCCGCCUCAAACUCAAUCAUUAUGCGGAAUGGUGCAUUCUCCCCGGUGACUGUGGCCUCCGCUCAUGGAUCGACCUUUUCCACACGCCAGCGUUCCGUAUCCGGCGCCUCGCGACUGGCCCAGGUCACGGAGCCCGAUCAUGACGAGAACGGGCGCGAUGCCGACCAUUUCCCUACGCCGUUGCCGAUCCUACCCGCCCCACAACCCCAGAUCUAUAGCCAAACAAGUGAAGUUCAAUACAAUCAUUAUGGCGGUGGCCAUGAUGCCACGGAGGAAGUUGAGCGGCCAGCAUCAGCCGCAUCGGGUGAUACCUUUCACCAGGCCCGCACGCUGUUUAAUGACUUUGAUGGUGUUCACUUCAACCCUUUGGAGCGCGCGGAAAGCGGACGGCGUUUCUCCCUGAUCCAGCCUCCCCUUGCAAGCAAGCCGGAAUCGUACAAGGUUCCGCAGUCGGGGGAACAAAUGGUUUAUUAUCCAGCACCUGUCCCUCGCAUGUUAAAUCUGCCACCGAAGCUGUCACACAAGCCCAUCUCGGACCGUGAAAAGCGUCGCACCCAGCUUAUGAACUCGAUUGCCGCCGAAGACAAAUUGGCAGAGAAAACAACGACGAAAGACGGCCAGAAGGACAAACGUCAAUCGACUGUUAAACAGGACUCUGCUGUCGCGACACUCGAUAGCAUUCUCGACGCUUCGACAUAUGCACCGGUCUCGGCCUUCACCGACCACCCUUUUGCUGGUCAGAUUGGCUCCCAUGUGUAUGGGAAUGCAAAGCGCAAGACCCUUACAAAGAUUCUUCCUGGCCAAAAGCUAGACCGCAAUUCUCAAUACCUGAUGGGUCAACCGCAGAGCAAAGAGAGCGAGGAAGGUUCGGCUCACUCAGAAGUUGGAGAACUUCAACAACCUGGUGACCACGACCACGACCACCAUAGAUCGCACGAUGGUCAGUCUGGCAGUGGGUCCGAAAUGGAGAGCGGCUCAUCUUCUCCAGAAAGCGGCGAAGACGAGGAGGAGGAAGACGAAGAAGAUGAUUAUGUCGGGCCACCGAACACGCUUCUCGCGGAACUACAGUUACGGAAGCAAGAGCUGAAACAGCGGACUCGUACAGCUGUUCCUACCGCUUCUCAAGCCCAAGGUAUGGGUGCUACUCUGUUGGAAAUGGAUGAAAUGGCCCAAAAGCAAAGUGAGAAGAGACGCAGGCGGCCGGUUACUCUGGCAUGGGAUCCUAACAAUAAUGCCGAUGACGACGAUGUUCCCUUGGCAAUGCUGUAUCCUGAGAAGAUCAAUGUGGACGACGAGAACCGACCGGUCGGUCUGAUGGCAAAACAUCAGAUUGAAGAAAACGAACCCCUGAGUACUCGUCGCGCUCGCCUUCGGGGAGAACCAGCCCCAGAGAAACGGCCCGUUACUGUCUACUCUACGAUGGAAGUUAAGCCGGAGAAGCCCAAGUCCGAACCCGAGGAUGAGAGUGACAACGAGACUGAAACCCUAGCUGAGCGGCUGCGACGAUUGAAGGGACAGAACCCCGAGGAUAGUGAAUUUACCAGUGGCCUCAUGGCCGAGUUCGAUACCCGAGCUGGAAAUGCCCCUAAGGAGGAGCCGAAGCCCAGCGAGCCAGCACCGGAGCAAGAAGAAACUCUUGGGCAAAGACGCGCUCGUUUACAAAGAGAAAACAAUACACAGCGUGGGGAUGCUAGAAAUCUCCAAAUGCGACGAAGCAUGGCUGCUCUCCCGCAAUCUCGUCCUGCAUAUGUCGCGCGCCAGUCGUCGUACGAUGUCUUUCCCCAACAGCAGGGCAUGCGACCCCAGCUUGGACAUCGCUCCUCGAUGUAUUCGUUGCCAGUAAAUAUGGCAUCCCAGGGAAUGGCAGGAUAUCCCAUGGGCCAAUCUGCUGGGUAUGGGAUGCCUUAUCCGUCCCCUUAUCCCUACAACAACAUGCCCUACCCCAGCACCUGCGGUCCAACCUUGCGACAGCCCCUUGAGACUGCACAGCAAGAUGUCAUUGAUCGCUGGAGGCAGAGCAUCCGCUACGCCUGA